UGCGCAGUCGCCCGGCCGUCCCGCUGAUGUUUUGAUGUGUGUCUCUCCCAGCUGCUUGUCCGCGCUUUCGGGCACUCCCAGCUUUCUCUCCCUGUGAGCCGGGCACUGCGAUCUGAAACCCCGGACACCAUGGCUGAACAGGGCCCGGGAUCCGCCCCGCCUCCCCAGCACGACGUGGGAGAGCUACAGAGGCGCCUGGCGGAGCUUGAACAGGAGCUGAAGCUCAAACAGCAGCUGGAGAUGGAGUUCAAUCAGAAGAGAGCCAAGUUCAAGGAGCUCUACCUGUCCAAGGAAGAGGAGCUGAAGAGGCAGGGGGCUUCCCUGGAGACAUCCCAGGUGGAGCUGAGCCGGCUGCAAGCUAAACUAGCAGAUGCCCAGGCAGAGAUGGAGAAUAUUAAGGCCGUCGCCACUGUGUCUGAGAGCACGAAACAGGAGGCCAUUGACCAGGUGAAGAGGCAGUGGCAGGAGGAGGUGGCCUCACUUCAGGCCAUUAUGAAAGAGACAGUGCGGGACUACGAGCAGCAGUUCCGCCAGCGGCUGGAGCAGGAGCGGGCGCAGUGGGCGCAGUACCGCGAGGCCGCCGAGCGGGAGAUGGCCGAGCUGCGCCGCCGGCUGUCGGAGGGGCAGCAGGAGGAGAACCUGGAGAACGAGAUGAAGAAGGCCCAGGAGGAUGCAGAGAAGCUUCGGUCCGUGGUCAUGCCGAUGGAACGGGAGAUCGCCGCCCUCAAGGCGAAGCUGACUGUGGCAGAAAACAGAGUGAAGGAGCUGGAGGCGUCGAAGGUGAUGGAGAUGAAUCACGUCCUGGAAGCGGAGAAGUCCUGUCGCACAGAUUUGGAGAUGUAUGUGGCAGUCCUGAACACCCAGAAGUCUGUUCUGCAAGAAGAUGCAGAGAAGCUACGCAAAGAACUACACGAAGUUUGUCACUUACUAGAGCUGGAGAGGCAACAGCACAACCAGCUCAAGCACACCUGGCAGCGCGCUAAUGACCAGUUCCUGGAGUCCCAGCGGCUGCUGAUGAGGGACAUGCAGCGCAUCGAAAGCGUCUUGUCCUCUGAGCAGCUGCGCCAGGUGGAGGAGAUGAAGAAGAGAGACCAGGAGGAGGAUGAGCAGCAGAUGAGAGCCAAGGGUCUGAAAGACGAAGCAGGGAUAGAACAGGCAGAACCAGCUGAAGACUCUCUCGUUACUCUACCUAAUGACGAGUCCAACAUCAACCACAGCAUCCACAGCUCCCUGCAUUCCUUAGACAUGGAGCCCAUGACCGCUCUGGAUGGCUCCGAUCUCUUCAAGGAGGGCCUGCGAAGAGCACAGUCCACGGACAGCCUGGGGUCCUCCGGUGGGUCCCUCCAGUCGCGUGGCCUGGGCUGCAACCACAAGGCCAAGUCCGCCAGCAACCUGGACGAGUCUGACUUUGGGCCCCUGGUGGGGGCGGACUGUGGGGGCUCGGAGAACCUUGAUACGUCCUCCCUGAGCUCCUUUCAGCUCUCCACGGGGGCAUUCCUGCUCACCAAGGACCAGGAAAAGGCCAUCAAGGCCAUGACCCCCGAGCAGGAGGAGACCGCCUCCCUGCUCUCCAGUAUCUCUCAGGCUCCCGACACCGCCUACCUUCCCGCUUCUGGCUACAGGCUGGUCAGCGAGAGCGAGUGGAACCUGCUGCAGCAAGAGGUGAAAAAUGCUGGCAGGAAGUUGGGCCGCCGCUGUGAUAUGUGUUCUAACUAUGAAAAGCAGCUGCAGGUCAUUCAAGGUCAAGAGGCAGAGACACGUGACCAGGUGAAGAAGUUACAGGUGAUGCUUCGACAGGCCAAUGACCAACUGGAGAAAACCAUGAGUGAGAAGCAGGAACUGGAGGAAUCUGUGAAACAGAGCAGCGAGGAGACCAGUGCCAAGGUCUCCACACUAAUGCAGAAGGUCCAGGAGUCCGAGGCAGUUCUCAGCCAUCUGAAGCAGGCUUUGGUACAAGCCAAGAGAAGCACGCAGGACCAAAUGGCUGUCCUGACACAGUCCCGGGAGCAGGUGGCAGAGGAGCUCAGUCGACUGCAGAGAGACAACGAGAGCUUGCAGGGGAAGCACCGGCUACACUUGAGUCUUCAGCAGCAAGAGGACUUCAGAAUGCCCUCGUCAGUGCAGGACCUGCAGGCUCUGGUGUUGCAGUACAGGGAGGACAUUGUGGCAGCGCGCACAGCAGCUGAUCACUUGGAGGAGAAGUUGAAGGCGGAAAUUCUCUUCCUGAAGGAGCAAAUCCAGGCAGAGCAGUGCCUCAAAGAAAACAUGGAGGAGACUCUGCAGCUAGAAAUCGAGGGCUGCAAGGAAGAGAUUGACAUCUUGGAAGCCUCCUUCUCCAGCUUGAAAACGGAGCUGGAACGAGUGAAAACAGAAAAGGGGCAGCUGGAGAGCAGCCUGUCAGAGAAGACACAGCAACUGGAAAAACUUCAGGGACUCAGGAGCAAAUUGGAAGAGCAGCUGAAGGAAGCCAACAGCACAAAGGCAGCCCUGGAGAGCCAGGUGCUUGAUGAGAAGGAUAAAGCCCAGAGGCUGCAAACAGAACUGGAUGUCAGUGAACAGGUCCAGAGAGACUUUGUCAAGCUUUCACAGACUCUACAGGUCCAGUUGGAGCGUAUCCGCCAGGCAGACUGCUUGGAGCGAGUCCGUGCCAUCCUAAACGAUACCAACCUGACGGACAUCAGCCAGCUUCCUGAGACAUGAUGCUGCCCUCGGCCUCCUCCAGACCGAUGCCCGCCUGCCCCAGUAUUGUACCCUUUCUCUCCUUUUAGAGGAACCGGGGGGGCAGAGCUGACACUUGUGGGCCUGGUGGAAAGAGAUUUUUAAAAUAACAAUAUUAAACAAAGUUAAAACAAAAGGAAAAAAACAAAUGCAACACAACUGUCCCUGUCCCGGAAUAAAGGAGAAAUGCAGGCUGGUGGUGCGGAGAACACUAAUGAGACACAAUGUUUGAAUAAGAAAUAAGGUAGGACAGGCGCAGUUGGAACCUGCCUGUGUGUCUGUGAGAAGUGGCGGUGGGCUGCUCUGGUGAGAGUUUCCUCUGCUGUGUUGUUUUUAGCACAGGAGCUCUGUAAUUCUUCUGUCUUUUGUGCAAGCAAGAGUUCCAUGGACUGGCACAUCUCUCUCAAUCUUAGUUCUUUUGCUGUCUGGCUCCUGCUGAAAGAGGACAACACGAGACGAAACUGACCAGCUAAUGAAGGAGUCCCAAACGGAACACUUGUAAAAAAAAAAAAUCUAUAUGCUAUAUUGUUUUGAUGAAGUAAUAACUUUGCUCUACAAACAAAACGUAACUGAACUCUCUCAUGUCCCAUAAUGUCCAUUUGUGAUUUAAGAAGGUUUCUAUUAUGCAUUUUUUGUCUUAAACGUCCAUUUCAGAAAUGACCGGUCGUACAAAGUCGCAUUUGCAUUACAACUCAAUUGCCAGGGAGAAAAUAUGUCUGGUUUGGUUUUGUAUACCUCUCCCUUAUAGUUGUCUCUGUGUCCACAUUAAGACUAACAUUAAUAAACGGCCUUCCUAGAGUAUUAGGGUUAUGGUAUCAGCACAGAUAUUAAGAAGGUUUACCCUUCAUUGUGCUCUUGUCUCUACUAAAUACUGACAGGCAUAUAAUGUUGUGUGCAUAAAUAGUCCUAAUGUGGAAUAUUUCAGAUGUUCAUUCCAAUUUGGUGCACUUCUCAAGUGGUUUAAUUAUGUGGGAAAUCUGGAUGGUCCACUUUGAGACUACUAUCAGUUUUAAAUUUGAACAUAAUCUGGUGAAGCAGGCUUUGGAAGCACAGUCCUUGCAUUUCACACAAGUAGUAUGUACAUCUGUUUGUUUCUGAUAUGCUAACAGACAUAUUAGGACAAAAAGUGGGAACUGGAGCUCGAGUUAGCAAGAGGCCAGGGCACACUGGAUCAUGUCCAGACUGUCAGAUCUGUGCUCAUGGAGGAGACAUUCUGACAAGUAGAUAUUGGAGCUUGAAUUCUGCAUCGUUAACAUUGCUAUACAGCAGGUCCUCUGUAAGGAAACUGGUGAUAGAAUGUACAUGUUCUUGAAAUGUCUUGCAAUAGAUUGUCAAGCCUGACAAGCACUUAAAGAGCAAAGAACUCCUGAAAAUUUGUAUUUACCUUACCAACUUUUUGUGUCGUUGCCGAUGUAUUAUUUUCAUCAUCAAGCAGUUUCCUGGUUUAGAUGUUUCAUACAGUUUUGCAACAGUUGUGGAUACAGACCCUAAAUUAGAUGAUUAAAUUAGUGGGGCAGUGCAACUCUGGACUUCAGUGACUGGGAUCCUGCAGGUUUUACAGUUCUUUGGAAAUCAGGAGCUUUUUUUUUAAAGAAGUCCUAUCUGUAUUUUCUUGUUUUUCAGAGAUGAACAUCUCCCACCUUAUCUAGCAAACUAUAUACCUCCUGAAAAUACUUUUCAAAGCUCAGAUGAAUUAACAUGGAUCAUAUCAUAGACCUAACAUUAUUCAAAUGGCAGGCAUUGUUCAACACUAAUCUCCUUUUCCUCAAUAUUUUCUGCACAACAUGUACAAUGAAAAACAGGACAAUUCAGAUAAAAGACUGUUUUAUACUGGGGUGUUUGGGUUAAACAUUCAGAUGUAUUUGUGCCCCACUUGGCUAAAUAUACCAGAUUUUCAACCAUAAAUGUCACAAGCAGUAGAGAUGGGACUCUGGUUAAUAAUUAGCAGAGAGUACAUUUUGCUGGGAAAUCAAGUCUUAGUCUUCAGAAGUAAAGUUUUGGCAUUCUAAAAAAUGUUUCAAGUAAAAAUGCUGUGGUGCUGAGGUAAUUGUCUGGCCUGGUUUGUGCUCAUAAUAUUGGAUUGUGAUCUUUAAGGCAUUUAACAAGGAUGUUUAUUUUCUACAGUAGCAAGAAGAAGCAAAAAAAUAAGGUAUUUUAUGUUUUUUUCCUAAAAAAUCAUCCUGAUGAAAAACAAGAAUCAUCUGAAAAGUGUGUAUUGUCUGAUUUGUUUCCUGGGUUAUUCUAUGACGCUGUUCCUACUAAGUUUGCACAUUUAGAGAAGAAAAUGUCUCAUUGAACGAGCCCAAGCCAAAUGAAAAGCAUGUGUUUAAUUAGGGAAAUUAAAUCUGUCGCUCUGCACUGGUUAAUUAAUCUGUUUGGUUUUGACCAGCUAUUUUUGAAAGGUAGAUGUCAUAGAAUAAUUACCGUAGGUGACAAAGCAGUCAAAACAGAAGCUUUAAUUCACAUAUUACAUGCAAUAAGAGAUACAACAAGUAAAACACUAAAGUUUUGUUUAAAUGCUAAAAAAAUACAGCUCUAAUUAUGUUAUUAUAAAAACUUAGAUGCAUAUUUUGAGGGAAAUAAUGAAUUUUUGUUUCCAGGGCUUUUUUUCUUGCUGAACUGUGGCUGUGUUUUACAGCCGAUACAGACCUUCAGCACCUGAAUUCUCCCAUGGCCAAAACUUCCUCCUCCUUAAAAAUAUUCUCAGAUGCUAGUGUACAUAAUAUCUCUUCAAGGCUGCAGACAAUGUGUGUUGUGCCAAAGAAAGUGCGAAAAUGCAUGUUUCAUUACUGUGGGGUUUGGAUGGGCCAUUUAUGCACUAAACCUUUUUAUGAGGAUUGUAUUACCACGCCAGAUUGAGUAUUGAUGUUUACUCUCAGUAUUGAGAUUAAUCAAAAGUGCGACGCAUGGCUGACUGUCCAAUGUGCUGGGAAAUCCCCAUGGCAGUCUGCAGUUAAAGGAGUGACUACGGUUCUGGAAAAUGGGGAGGGAUAAAAAUCAAGCAGUGGCUUUGGACCUGUGGGUAAGGUGCUAGCCAGGGCAGCACCUGCAUCAUGUAAUGGAUCUGCAGGAGGAAAAUUCAAGGGAAGAACAUGGUGAAGUUAGGCAGCAGUAGCUGCUAGCCUCUAGCCAUUGCCCACAGGACUCAAAGGGGGUCACGCAGGUCAGAACAGAAGAACCAGAUGGCUUAAUGGCCAUCUCGUGUUUGCACCUUGCGAACAAUGGUUGUCCUGUCACAGACAGUGACUUAAACAAGCGCACUGGCAGUUGAAGCCAAGACUUUAAUCUAAAUGGCUUGAGUUGAUGGAGGUGGACUCCAUCAUUUUGCAGGGUGUGUGUGUGUAAAUAAGGCAAACUAGUGUUCAGAGAGCUGGUGUUCAACUGAUAGCAGUAUAGAAAAGCUGUUCACUCUACAAAAUAUAGCUUACAGAGCAGAGCCUUUUCUUGUAGAAUUACCACAAGUACAGCAGAUUCACUUUGCAGUUUUAAGUCCUUCAUACUUGGAAUGCAAAAUAUUGUUCCUAGAUUUAAUAAUAUUGUGCUCUACAUUAGUCCUUUUCCACCUAACACUCCAUUUUAUAGUCCACUUCUGUGGUGAUUUGAUUUAUGUCUUCAGCUUCCGAGUAAAAUUAAUGAAAAUGAGGUAAUACUAACAGCUGAUUCAUUUGCAGAGAUGGAUCAAAUAAAAGCACUUGAUUGUAACAUCGCAACUAGCUUACAAAUAUUUAUAUAUAGAAUAAAAAUCUUUCAUUUAGUGAGAAGCAGAGUGUAAUUAUGAAAAACCCCUGAGAAAUGAGUCUUAACAUGCAAAGCAGCUUUUCUUUGCAUCAGUAAACUUCAAAAAUAACAUAAUUUCCUCUUGACAACAAACGUCGGCACCCAGUUAGAAGUCUUUUCUUUUCUUCUCUGCAAGUUCAAUCUAAAACCAGCCAAAUAUAUACAUUUCACCCUUUGAUUGUUUUUUUUUUGUGGAAAUAUUUUGUGGAGUAUUUUAAGGCAAAAUAUACAUACUGAUUUCGGUGAUUCUCAGCCCUGGUCCUGGAGCACCAAUGUUGUUGAACUGUUGAACCAACUGAACUCAAGUAGACCAAUUGACCUGCAGUUGCUUAUUAAGAAGUUGGAUAGGGUUAGGAAUUACCAUCAACCCUGAACCAGUUUGUGGGUUUCACUGCAACCCUCAUUCAGGUUUGUGGAAUUGGGGAAUUGGACCUCUGCAGAGCACACUUGUUUUGUUUUUUUCACUAACUGGACUCCUAUUAAGAGCUUUUUAAACCGAAAGAAGAAACACUUAAUAGUGAAAUUGAAAGAGAUGAGAGAGUCUUGUUUGCUUCAUUUGUUCGUAAACAAAACUCCUGCAACAGGGUAUUUUUCUAAAACCAAAGAAUGGGUGAAGAAACAGAUUCCAAGAGUAGAAGCGAGAUUCUCAAUUACAAUCAGUUACAAUUGAAAUCAAUUAUAGUGGUCUGUUAUCUCAGGCAAAACCUAGAAGAUACGGGAGUCAGCAGCGACCAGUUGAGAGCACCUGUUUCUCUCUGAACUGGUAUCGCAUACGAAGAAUGAGAAUACUCUUAAUGUGUGACUUAUUAUGAAUCAGCACUAUAUCUUUUUUUUCUUAAUGCUUCACUGAUCACUGAUGCUUCAAAAACAUAUGUUUAUGUUGAGACCAGGAUGGUACAGCCAAAUAUAAAAUAUUUGUUCAGUUGUCUGUCUGAGAUCUCGAGUGAACAAGACAAGGUCAUCUGAACUUGGUUUAGAGCCCCCUCUGUAAUACAUGUACCUCUCAGGUAGUCUAGGCACCUUUUAGUGAUAGAAAACAGUUCAUUUUCACAUCUCCAUUACAUCACGAUGUAAAUCAUGCUGCAGAGGCGUGGUACGAUCGGAUUAGAAAAUAGCCCUUCACCUCACAACAAGGCCUAAUCUGAAAUACUAACUGGUGGUCAUUCAUGUGUGGUUUAAGGAUCAUUUUAGUUGAAGUGUUUGUAUUUCUUGUCAUUACAUUCUGAAGCUGAAUAUCAUAAAAACAAUAUUAAUGCGAACGCUUUAUUCCUUGUUUUCAAGAUUCUGGCAGGCACUGAGGGAUUGUGAUAUUAAUUGCAUAUAUUGUUCUGAUCCUUAUUACAAAGAUGAGUCUUUAAAAAAGCACAUUUAAUAGGCAAAUUGUCAGUGGGGGGGGGAUGCAUUCCAGUGAGACAAAACUGCUCCUAGAUGUUCUUCUUGUGCUUCAUUGUAGCCUCUGUUUAUUGUUUAACUGUUUUUACCCCUGCAGUUUCAAACCAGGGUUCAGCUCUCCAGCUGUGUUCCUAUGCUUUGGGUGAUCACUGUUUCAGAUUUAGUAACAUUGCAUUCACUCUGAACACUGUUACUAAUUCUAGGAAGGUUGUUUUUCAAUGACACAUUAAAGAAUGAAGAUUUUACUGUUAAUCUUUGUCAUAUUAAAAACCUCCUUUCUUAAGACAAUUACCUUUGACAUUUUGCAUCCCUUUUUGAGUGUCAGUACUAGAUUUUUAUGCUAUUUUUCAAGAAAGAAUGCCAAUUCCAAAUCAAAAUUGUAGAUGUGCUUUGCCUUUUCCUGUUUCUUGCUUUGUAUGCACUUGGAAACCUGUUGUACAGGGAAGAAUUUACUAUCGUGCUACUUUAUCUGACAGUUUGAGGAGAAAAGCAGGUUACAUCCUUUUUCUUUCCGAGAGAGUGUUGAUGAGAACGUUGUGAUUUAAAUGUAUGCUCUUAUGGGAAUCAACAGCACAACACUAAUGUUUUGGUAACGAAAAAAUGUACACUAAGUCACUGGAUUAGAGGCUAAAGUUUUCUCCCAGUUAUUCAGAAAAUCCUCUGGGAAGCUUAGCUUCAAACAAAUCAAACCAUGUCUGUUAUCCAAGUGCUAUCUGCAUGCUAACUCUUUCUACAGCAGGAGCCAUUUGCAAGCGUAUAUACUGUGUACAUAUGUGUGUAUAUAGCUAAUAAACCAGAUUGUAAUUUAUCAGUGUAUUGAAUGCAUUUAAGGGUAUUUAAAAACUUUUUAAUAUUUUAAACCACUGAAAAAACUUUAACCUGUGCUAUAUUUAAAUAAUGACUUGGCUGAAAUAAGGAUCAUGGUAAUAGGGUAGUGUACCUGCAUUUGAUAGGAUUCAUCUUGACUAAAGCAGAUGAAUAAGUGUAUACCAGCAGCUUGGGCAUCAUCCACAGCGCUGAAAGGUUUCAGGAUUCAUUUAUUUGUCAUGGUUCACUAGAACAUGAAGGCACACAGUGUAAAGUAGUCUAAAUUGGAUUGUUACUUCAAAAUGCCUUUGCCUAUGAUAACAUUGUUAAAUAAUGGUAUUAAGAUUCAGGUGAACCUGUUUGGGUGGGGGUGAUGUUUAAUAAAAGCAUCAUUUAAGGCA